AUGGCUAUGUUAGCGACUGAAGUGUAUAAUAAAUAUCCGGAAGAAAAAGUGGUUGGUUUUUAUAGGGGUACUAAACCAGAACUUGUAAUAAGAGAUCCAGCUAUUGCAAAACGAAUUCUUGUUAAUGAUUUUCAACACUUUUAUGCGAGAGGUUUCAAUCCACACAAGACUAUAAUUGAACCUUUAUUAAAGAAUCUUUUCUUUGCUGAUGGUGAUUUAUGGCGUCUUAUAAGACAACGGUUUUCUCCGGCAUUCAGUACAGGUAAAUUAAGAGCUAUGUUUCCAAUAAUUACGGAAAGAGCAGAAAAGUUACAAAUAAUUACAGAGGAAGUUUCAAAUCUUGAUUCAUAUGAUGUGCGUGAACUUAUGGCUAGAUAUACUACUGACUUUAUCGGGACCUGCGGUUUUGGUAUAAAUAUGGACUCUUUGAACGACAAAAAUUCUCAGUUUAGAAAAUUAGGAAAAAGAAUUUUCCAAAGAACGCCUAGAGAUGCACUUAACGCAGCACUUAAGAUUAUGUUCCCAGAACUUUGUAAAAAUAUACAAUUUCUAGCAUCUGAGAUAGAAAGAUCUAUGACUUACUUGGUACAGUCUGUAAUGAAACAAAGAAAUUAUAGACCUUCGGGUAAAAAUGACUUUAUAGAUCUUAUGUUAGAAUUAAAACAAAAAGGAAAAAUUAUAGGUGAAUCUAUUGAAAGUAAAAACUCUGAUGGAACUCCAAAAACAGUGGAGAUGGAAUUGACAGAAAUGAUAAUAAUAGCUCAAGUCUUUGUAUUCUUUGGAGCUGGUUUUGAAACAUCAUCGACGGCAUCUAGUUACACAUUACAUCAAUUAGCUUUUAAUCCAGAUUAUCAGAAAAAGGUUCAAGAUGAGAUAGAUAGGGUUUUAAGAAAUCAUAAUAAUAAGAUUACUUACGAAGCAGUUAGUGAAAUGCAUUGCUUAGAAAAAGCGUUUUAUGAAGCUAUGAGAAUGUAUCCAUCAGUUGCGUAUCUUGUGAGAAUGUGUACUUCACCUGAAUACUCAUUUCCUGAGAUUGAACUUACAAUUAACGAAGGUGUUAAAGUUAUGAUUCCAAUUCAAGCUAUGCAGAAAGAUGAUAAGUAUUUUGUGAAUCCGGAAAAAUUCGAUCCAGAAAGGUUUAAAUCGGGUAUAAAAGAAUAUAAAGACGUAUUUUUUCCUUUUGGUGAAGGUCCAAGGGCUUGUGUCGGUGCAAGACUGGGACAAAUGCAAUCGUUGGCUGCUCUAGCAGCAAUUCUACAAAAAUUCUCUGUAGAACCAGCAAAGUGUAGUGUAAGAAAUCCUAAGCCAGAACCCACAUCAAUUGUUUCAGAGGGAUUUGUUGACGGAUUACCUCUUAAAAUAAAGAAAAGGAAAAUGAAGUAA